AUGGCUGAGCUGAUCAAAAACGCAAAUGGACCUGCAGAUAAAAUCACUAGCCCAGAGAAGCCUGCUAAGGAAGCUCCUCGAUUGACAAUCAAAGAUGUUGCGGCUCUAGGGUUUGAUAAUGAAUUGAUUCGUUUUGCGAUACUUCAAACAGAUGGUUGCAUUUGGAAUGCUGUCGAUGUACUUUUGAGGUUUGAAGAAAUACCAAAUAAGGGAGAUGGUGUAGAGCGUCUAGAAUUCGCCCUUUGGAUUGCAAAUAAUGACCGUCUUCAAGCUUUGAAAAUUCUCGGCCGAAUAAGUCUACAAUCCUCAUUUGGCUUCUUCUCCAGCAGCUAA